ACGCAGUGCUCCCAGGGAGGGCGUUUUGCCAGUGGUUCUGCCCUACGGUGACGCUAGAGUCCGGCAAGCGGGAGGUGAGGAGUCCGGUGCUGUUUUGGAGCGCUUUAAAACAAAAUAACGUCUGCUAAAGCACGGUGUGCUGUAAGGAGCCUGAUCUGGUCCUACGACUGCCCAACACAACUGGCCAACCUAGAUCCCUCCAUGCAUUAACCUUCUACAGACCAGAGGCUAGCUAGGGCACAACAACACGGAGUGUGAUCCACUCCACACUACUUAGUGUACAUCUGUAUGUGUGUUUGAGAGGGAGAUACUGAGUACCUGCGUGUGAGAGCACCGUACCCGCGUGUGUGAGCACCGUACCCGUGUGUGUGAGCACCGUACCCGUGUGUGUGAGCACCGUACCCGUGUGUGUGAGCACCGUACCCGUGUGUGUGAGCACCGUACCCGUGUGUGUGAGCACCGUACCCGUGUGUGUGUGAGAGCACCGUACCCGUGUGUGUGUGUGUGAGCACCGUACCCGUGUGUGUGUGUGUGAGCACCGUACCCGUGUGUGUGUGUGAGCACCGUACCCGUGUGUGUGUGUGAGCACCGUACCCGUGUGUGUGUGUGAGCACCGUACCCGUGUGUGUGUGUGAGCACCGUACCCGUGUGUGUGUGUGUGAGCACCGUACCCGUGUGUGUGUGAGAGCACCGUACCCGUGUGUGUGUGAGAGCACCGUACCCGUGUGUGUGUGAGAGCACCGUACCCGUGUGUGUGUGUGAGAGCACCGUACCCGUGUGUGUGUGUGUGUGUGAGCACCGUACCCGUGUGUGUGUGUGUGUGAGCACCGUACCCGUGUGUGUGUGUGUGAGCACCGUACCCGUGUGUGUGUGUGUGAGCACCGUACCCGUGUGUGUGUGUGAGCACCGUACCCGUGUGUGUGUGAGCACCGUACCCGUGUGUGUGUGAGCACCGUACCCGUGUGUGUGAGAGCACCGUACCCGUGUAUUAGCGUGUACACCUAUAUUUGAGGAUAUUCUCCACAAAGGCCCCGCCCUUCCCUACGUCGUCAUCAAGAUGAACGUGACGUCACUCUUCUCCUUCACCAGCCCAGCGGUGAAGAGGCUGUUGGGAUGGAAACAGGGGGAUGAGGAGGAGAAGUGGGCAGAGAAGGCUGUGGACGCCCUGGUGAAGAAACUGAAGAAGAGGAAGGGCGCGAUGGAGGAGCUGGAGAAGGCCCUCAGCUGCCCCGGACAGCCUAGCAAGUGUGUGACCAUUCCUCGGUCGUUGGACGGUCGUCUCCAGGUAUCCCAUCGUAAAGGUCUUCCCCACGUCAUCUACUGCAGAGUGUGGAGGUGGCCCGACCUACAGUCUCAUCACGAACUCAAGGCCUUGGAUAGCUGCCAAUUCCCCUUCACAGCCAAACAUAAAGAUGUCUGUAUCAACCCCUACCACUACAAGAGAGUGGACAGUCCUAUGCUGCCCCCUGUCCUGGUCCCUAGGAACAACGAUCUCACAGCGAGGCCGGGGAUGCAGCCCCGUUACCAUGGUGCCAUCGACCAGAAUGAGCCUCUCAUGCCCCACAACGCCACUUUCCCAGAAUCCUUCCCUCCAGGCGGGGGUGGCAACGGAGGGUUGGCGUUCCCUUGUUCCCCUGGCAACAGCUUCCCCAGUUCGCCGGGCAGUGGGUCCAGCAGUAUCUCCGCGUUCCCCCACUCUCCACUUAGCUCCGACCCAGACAGCCCCUUCCACGUCCCGGCUGACACCCCGCCCCCAGCCUACAUGCCUUCAGAUGAUUGUCAGACUCAGGACUGCUCCCAGCCAAUGGAAACCAACCUCCUCGCCAUGCCAACCGGCCUGGAUACCAACAACAGGCCAGAUGUCCAGCCGGUAGCCUACGAGGAACCGAAACACUGGUGUUCUAUAGUGUACUAUGAGCUGAAUAACCGCGUGGGCGAGGCGUACCUGGCGUCAGACUCCAGUGUUCUGGUCGACGGCUUCACCGACCCGUCCAAUAACCGUAACCGCUUCUGCCUCGGCCUGCUGUCUAACGUGAACCGCAACUCCACCAUAGAGAACACGCGCAGGCACAUCGGCAAAGGUGUCCAUCUCUACUAUGUAGGAGGUGAGGUCUAUGCAGAGUGUCUGAGUGACACCAGUAUCUUCGUUCAGAGCCCUAACUGUAACUAUCACCAUGGUUUCCACCCCACCACGGUGUGUAAGAUCCCUAGUGGCUGCAGUCUGAAGAUCUUUAACAACCAGGAAUUUGCCCAGCUACUGGCCCAGUCAGUGAACCAUGGCUUUGAGGCUGUUUACGAGCUCACCAAGAUGUGUACCAUACGCAUGAGCUUCGUCAAGGGUUGGGGUGCAGAGUACCAUCGCCAGGACGUGACCAGCACCCCCUGCUGGAUAGAGGUGCACCUGCAUGGCCCUCUACAGUGGCUGGACAAAGUCCUCACACAGAUGGGCUCUCCCCAUAACCCCAUAUCCUCCGUGUCCUAACACACACACACACACACACACACACACACACACACACACACACACACACACACACACACACACACACACACACACACACACACACAGAUGGGCUCUCCCCAUAACCCCAUAUCUUCCGUGUCCUAACACACACACACACACACAGAGCCUCUCGACGUUGUAAGACAUGUCCGAGGGAGAGGGAGAGGCUGGAGAUCUAUUGUUACGCUGCCUCUGGAGGUUAUCUGGACUGCGGAGUGUAGCGAGCAGACAGAGGGAGAGAGAGAGACGCCAAAGGGCAUCUCCGCUACAGCCAAGACUAGCUUGUAGCAACCACAAUGUUAUUCAUCAUCCCAUAUUACCAUACCUGUCUUGACUGGAGUAGCCUAGAGAGGCUAGCCUGCUAUGGAUAGCUAAGCUAAUUGAGGCCACAUGCUGCGAUUUCUCCCCAACCCCAUUCAGAUGAGAGAACAUCAGCCCAUCUGUUGGUUACUCCAACCCCAUUUUGCUAACUUUUGAGUUCCCAUAUGUUAUUCCAUCUUACAUUAGUGAACUCACUCCACUUGUGUCACAUUGAGCCUCUUUGAUUGGCCAACAUAACAACACGCUACACAGUAAAGGCUACCGGUCUUUUUACGGGACCACGUUAUAAAAACUUUCUAGACCAAGUUUGUUUUAUUACAUGAAUAAUCUGACAUUUCAUGGUAUAUCCUUGUAUGUAACAAUGUCACAUGGAUCAUUUAAUUUACCAUUACCAAGCUGGACAAUCAGGACUGAGGGAUUAUCUGGCCGCAAUCGGGAACGAGACAUCUGUGAUCGGCUAGCUCUGCCUAGCCUCAAUCGGGACCGAGACAUCUGUGAUCGGCUAGCUCUGCCUAGCCUCAAUCAGGACCUAGACAUCAUCUGUGAUUGGCUAGCACUGCCUGGCCAGCCAGGACAAUCGUGGAAUCUUUUCUCAAUUGGAUUUUCUCAACUCCUAUGUCCUCUCCCCUCCUUUGUAAAAGGACAAAGGGGUAAUCAAGAGGCGUCGAGAAGAGGGAACAUGAGACGAAAAAUGCGCUUGUAUGAAAUGAGACUCCUAGUCCACUCGCAUGUCAUCAGGCAAAUGACUUGGAUCCCAAUUUAAAAAUAUGUAAAGUGAUCAGAACAAUUGAUGUUAAUUAUGCAGUACAUGUUCUAGAUAAAAUUAUAAGUAGUAUAUUGUUUUUAAACAGAUGCAUGUUUUUACUCCUGUGACAAAACAACAGCUGAUUCAAAGGGAGGGGGGGGUGUUGAUUUCAAAACUAUUCUGUGAAGGACUUAGGUAGGACACACAUGACUAUCCUGGAUGAUAGAUAGGUGGCUAUCGAGUGGAGGGACAGUGUUCCGUUCGCCUGCUAACGGAUUGACAUCUCCUUGACUACCUGUUGGUUUCUGGGUCGCGGAGGAGAGAGGGUGGAGGAUGGACUUUUACCCAAAAUGAGAAAAGGCCCUUACCAGCGCUUUUGCCUUACCCACCUUUAUAUUCAGGCUAUGUCCCAAAUGGAACGCUGUUCCCUUUUAUAGUGCACUACUUUAACCCCAUGGACCCUAACCCCAUGGACCCUAACCCCAUGGACCCUAACCCCCAUGGACCCUAACCCCAUGGACCCUACCCCCAUGGACCCAUGGACCCUACCCCCAUGGACCCUAACCCAAUGGACCCUACCCCCAUGGACCCUACCCCCAUGGACCCUACCCCCAUGGACCCUAACCCCAUGGACCUAUGGACCCUACCCCCAUGGACCCUAACCCCAUGGACCCUAACCCCAUGGACCCUAACCCCAUGGACCUAUGGACCCUACCCCCAUGGACCCUAACCCCAUGGACCCUAACCCCAUGGACCCUAACCCCAUGGACCUAUGGACCCUAACCCCAUGGACCUAUGGACCCUAACCCCAUGGACCCAUGGACCCUACCCCCAUGGACCCAUGGACCCUAACCCCAUGGACCUAUGGACCCUACCACCAUGGACCCUAACCCUAUGGACCCUACCCCCAUGGACCCAUGGACCCUAACCCCAUGGACCCUAACCCCAUGGACCCUAACCCCCAUGGACCUAUGGACCCUAACCCCAUGGACCCUAACCCCAUGGACCCUAACCCCAUGGACCCUACCCCCAUGGACCCUAACCCUAUGGACCCUACCCCCAUGAACCCUAACCCCAUGGACCCUACGCCCAUGGACCCUAACCCCAUGGACCCUAACCCCAUGAACCCUACCCCCAUGGACCCUACCCCCAUGGACCCUACCCCCAUGGACCCAUGGACCCUACCCCCAUGGACCCAUGGACCCUAACCCCAUGGACCCUACCCCCAUGGACCCAUGGACCCUACCCCCAUGGACCCUAACCCCAUGGACCCAUGGACCCUACCCCCAUGGACCCUACCCCCAUGGACCCUACCCCCAUGGACCCAUGGACCCUACCCCCAUGGACCCUACCCCCAUGGACCCAUGGACCCUACCCCCAUGGACCCUACCCCCAUGGACCCUACCCCCAUGGACCCUACCCCCAUGGACCCUAACCCCAUGGACCCUAACCCUAUGGACCCUACCCCUAUGGACCCUACCCCCAUGGACCCUAACCCCAUGGACCCUACCCCCAUGGACCCUACCCCCAUGGACCCUAACCCCGUGGACCCUACCCCUGUGGACCCUAACCCCUGUGGACCCUACCCCCAUGGACCCUACCCCCAUGGACCCUAACCCCAUGGACCCUAACCCCAUGGACCCUACCCCCAUGGACCCUAACCCCAUGGACCCUAACCCCAUGGACCCUACCCCUAUGGACCCUACCCCUAUGGACCCUACCCCCAUGGACCCUACCCCCAUGGACCCUAACCCCAUGGACCCUACCCCCAUGGACCCUACCCCCAUGGACCCUAACCCCGUGGACCCUACCCCUGUGGACCCUAACCCCUGUGGACCCUAACCCCGUGGACCCUAACCCCGUGGACCCUAACCCCAUGGACCCUAACCCCAUGGACCCUAACCCCAUGGACCCUAACCCCGUGGACCCUACCCCUGUGGACCCUAACCCCUGUGGACCCUACCCCCAUGGACCCUAACCCCAUGGACCCUACCCCCAUGGACCCUACCCCCAUGGACCCUAACCCCAUGGACCCUAACCCCAUGGACCCUACCCCCAUGGACCCUAACCCUAUGGACCCUAACCCCAUGGACCCUACCCCCAUGGACCCCAUGGACCCUACCCCCAUGGACCCAUGGACCCUAACCCCAUGGACCCUAACCCCAUGGACCCUAACCCCAUGGACCCUACCCCCAUGGACCCAUGGACCCUACCCCUAUGGACCCUACCCCUAUGGACCCUAACCCUAUGGGCCCUAACCCUAUGGACCCUACCCCCAUGGACCCUAACCCCAUGGACCCUAACCCUAUGGACCCUAACCCCAUGGACCCUAACCCCCAUGGACCCUAACCCCAUGAACCCUACCCCCAUGGACCCUACCCCUAUGGACCCUACCCCCAUGGACCCUACCCCCAUGGACCCUACCCCCAUGGACCCUAACCCCAUGGACCCUAACCCCCAUGGACCCAUGGACCCUACCCCCAUGGACCCUAACCCCCAUGGACCCUAAUCCCAUGGACCCUAACCCCAUGGACCCUAACCCCAUGGACCUUAACCCCAUGGACCCUACCCCCAUGGACCCUACCCCCAUGGACCCUACCCCCAUGGACCCUACCCCCAUGGACCCUAACCCCAUGGACCCUACCCCCAUGGACCCUACCCCCAUGGACCCUAACCCCAUGGACCCUAACCCCAUGGACCCUACCCCCAUGGACCCUACCCCCAUGGACCGUACCCCCAUGGACCGUACCCCCAUGGACCCUACCCCCAUGGACCCUACCCCCAUGGACCCUAACCCCAUGGACCCUACCCCCAUGGACCCUACCCCCAUGGACCCUACCCCCAUGGACCCUACCCCCAUGGACCCUACCCCCAUGGACCCUAACCCCAUGGACCCUACCCCCAUGGACCCUAACCCCAUCCGCCCAUGGACCCUAACCCCCAUGGACCCUAACCCCCAUGGACCCUAACCCCCAUGGACCCUAACCCCCAUGGACCCUAACCCCCAUGGACCCUAACCCCAUGGACCCAACCCCCAUGGACCCUAACCCCAUGGACCUAUGGACCCUAACCCCAUGGACCCUACCCCCAUGGACCCUAACCCCAUGGACCCAUGGACCCUACCCCCAUGGACCCUACCCCUAUGGACCCUACCCCUAUGGACCUAUGGACCCUAACCCCCAUGGACCCUAACCCCAUGGACCUAUGGACCCUACCCCCAUGGACCCUACCCCCAUGGACCCUACCCCCAUGGACCCUAACCCCAUGGACCCUAACCCCAUGGACCCUAACCCCAUGGACCCUACCCCCAUGGACCCUAACCCCAUGGACCCUACCCCCAUGGACCCUACCCCCAUGGACCCUAACCCCAUGGACCCAUGGACCUAUGGACCCUACCCCUAUGGACCCUACCCCCAUGGACCCUACCCCCAUGGACCCUACCCCCAUGGACCCUAACCCCAUGGACCCUACCCCCAUGGACCCUACCCCCAUGGACCCUACCCCCAUGGACCCUACCCCCAUGGACCCUACACCCAUGGACCCUAACCCUAUGGACCCUACCCCCAUGGACCCUAACCCCAUGGACCCUACCACCAUGGACCCAUGGACCCUACCCCCAUGGACCCAUGGACCCUACCCCCAUGGACCCAUGGACCCUACCCCCAUGGACCCUACCCCCAUGGACCCUACCCCCAUGGACCCUACCCCCAUGGACCCUACCCCCAUGGACCCUAACCCCAUGGACCCUAACCCCAUGGACCCUACCCCCAUGGACCCUACCCCCAUGGACCCAUGGACCCUACCCCCAUGGACCCUACCCCCAUGGACCCUACCCCCAUGGACCCUACCCCCAUGGACCCAUGGACCCUGGACCCAUGGACCCUAACCCUAUGGACCCAUGGACCCUAACCCCAUGGACCCUACCCCCAUGGACCCUACCCCCAUGGACCCAUGGACCCUACCCCCAUGGACCCUACCCCCAUGGACCCUAACCCUAUGGACCCAUGGACCCUACCCCCAUGGACCCUAACCCUAUGGACCCAUGGACCCUACCCCCAUGGACCCUACCCCCAUGGACCCUACCCCCAUGGACCCAUGGACCCUACCCCCAUGGACCCUACCCCCAUGGACCCUACCCCCAUGGACCCAUGGACCCUAACCCCAUGGACCCUAACCCCAUGGACCCUACCCCCAUGGACCCUACCCCCAUGGACCCUACCCCCAUGGACCCAUGGACCCUACCCCCAUGGACCCUACCCCCAUGGACCCUAACCCCAUGGACCCUACCCCCAUGGACCCUACCCCCAUGGACCCUAACCCCAUGGACCCUACCCCCAUGGACCCUACCCCCAUGGACCCUACCCCCAUGGACCCAUGGACCCUACCCCCAUGGACCCUACCCCCAUGGACCCUACCCCCAUGGACCCUACCCCCAUGGACCCAUGGACCCUGGACCCAUGGACCCUAACCCUAUGGACCCAUGGACCCUAACCCCAUGGACCCUACCCCCAUGGACCCUACCCCCAUGGACCCAUGGACCCUACCCCCAUGGACCCUACCCCCAUGGACCCUAACCCUAUGGACCCAUGGACCCUACCCCCAUGGACCCUAACCCUAUGGACCCAUGGACCCUACCCCCAUGGACCCUACCCCCAUGGACCCUACCCCCAUGGACCCAUGGACCCUACCCCCAUGGACCCAUGGACCCUAACCCCAUGGACCCUACCCCCAUGGACCCUACCCCCAUGGACCCUACCCCCAUGGACCCUACCCCCAUGGACCCAUGGACCCUACCCCCAUGGACCCUACCCCCAUGGACCCUACCCCCAUGGACCCUACCCCCAUGGACCCUACCCCCAUGGACCCUAACCCCAUGGACCCUACCCCCAUGGACCCUACCCCCAUGGACCCUAACCCCAUGGACCUAUGGACCCUACCCCUAUGGACCCUACCCCCAUGGACCCUACCCCCAUGGACCCUACCCCCAUGGACCCUAACCCCAUGGACCCUAACCCCAUGGACCCUACCCCCAUGGACCCUAACCCCAUGGACCCUACCCCCAUGGACCCUACCCCCAUGGACCCUACCCCCAUGGACCCAUGGACCCUAACCCUAUGGACCCUACCCCCAUGGACCCUACCCCCAUGGACCCUACCCCCAUGGACCCUACCCCCAUGGACCCUAACCCCAUGGACCCUAACCCCAUGGACCCUACCCCCAUGGACCCUACCCCCAUGGACCCAUGGACCCUAACCCCAUGGACCCUACCCCCAUGGACCCUACCCCCAUGGACCCUACCCCCAUGGACCCAUGGACCCUGGACCCAUGGACCCUAACCCUAUGGACCCAUGGACCCUGGACCCAUGGACCCUAACCCUAUGGACCCAUGGACCCUACCCCCAUGGACCCUAACCCCAUGGACCCUAACCCCAUGGACCCUACCCCCAUGGACCCUACCCCCAUGGACCCUAACCCUAUGGACCCAUGGACCCUACCCCCAUGGACCCUAACCCUAUGGACCCAUGGACCCUACCCCCAUGGACCCUAACCCUAUGGACCCAUGGACCCUACCCCCAUGGACCCUACCCCCAUGGACCCUACCCCCAUGGACCCAUGGACCCUACCCCCAUGGACCCUACCCCCAUGGACCCUACCCCCAUGGACCCAUGGACCCUAACCCCAUGGACCCUACCUCCAUGGACCCUACCCCCAUGGACCCUACCCCCAUGGACCCUACCCCCAUGGACCCAUGGACCCUACCCCCAUGGACCCUAACCCCCAUGGACCCUAACCCCCAUGGACCCUAACCCCCAUGGACCCAUGGACCCUAACCCCAUGGACCCUAACCCCAUGGACCCUAACCCCAUGGACCCUACCCCCAUGGACCCUACCCCCAUGGACCCUACCCCCAUGGACCCUACCCCCAUGGACCCUACCCCCAUGGACCCUACCCCCAUGGACCCUACCCCCAUGGACCCAUGGACCCUACCCCCAUGGACCCUACCCCCAUGGACCCUACCCCCCAUGGACCCUAACCCCCAUGGACCCUAACCCCCAUGGACCCUAACCCCCAUGGACCCUAACCCCCAUGGACCCAUGGACCCUACCCCCAUGGACCCUACCCCCAUGGACCCUACCCCCAUGGACCCUACCCCCAUGGACCCUACCCCCAUGGACCCUACCCCCAUGGACCCUACCCCCAUGGACCCUACCCCCAUGGACCCUACCCCCAUGGACCCUACCCCCAUGGACCCUGGUCAAUAGUAGUGGACUAUAAAUGUAAGAAGGGUGUCAUUUGGUGGUUGUGUCACUACAGUAUGUUUGUAUCUCAAAUGGCCCCCUAUUCCCUAAUAUAGUGCACUAUCUUGGACCAGGGCCCUAUUCCCUAAUAUAGUGCAGUAUCUUGGACCAGGGUAGGGCACUAUGUAGGAAAUAGGGGAACAGAUUAGAAGGUGAUUGAGGAACUUUGAUGUAAAACAAUAAACAUUUUUUAUGUAUUAA